AGUCUUCAGUCACUUAAAAUCCAUACAACACUCUUGCAUUUAUCUAUUGAAACAGGACGACUCCCAUGGCAUGGAGGAAUGAUGAGGAGGACUCCAUCUUCUCAGAAGGCUGAUUAAUUACUUUAUUAUACUAUAUUACUCUAUAUUAUAUUAUACUAUGUUACAUUACAUCUAAACUGAAUCUGCCAAGCACUCAACCCUGCUCACACUGCACAGAAUCUCGUGACUGUCAGCCAGCAGUCCCGACACACACACACACACACACACACACUUGGGCUUGAUAGGCCAAGGAAACAAAACACCAUCACUUUGGGUGAACAAUCUCCAUAUUGCAUUCUACUUUGGCACAAACACAGGCACAGCAAAUGGUCAUUCAGAGCUCGUUCUGAUGUCAGCAGAAGGCUCCACCAUCACGGUUCGCCUGGUGCGCUCCUUCCAGCACCGCAAUUUCCGGCCCCUGGUGUUCCACGGGGUCCCCUUGGAGCAGACAGUGCGGGAAUUCAUGGCCUUCGUGCGCCAGGAUGUGUCUUCAAGAUCAGGACUUCCUCCUCCUUUUAAAAAUUACAAGUAUGAUACCAUGAAGAUUAUUCACCAAGCACACAAAUCUAAGACUGGUGAGCUUGUAGUGAGUUUGGAAGAUGAUGACAAACUGAUUUUGAAGGAAGACAGCACGCUGAAAGCAGCUGGAGUAGCAAAUGAGACAGAAUUAGCAUUCUUCUGUGAGGAAGAUUACAGAAACUACAGAGCUAAUCCUGUUUCGGCCUGGUGAAGAUCCCAAGAGAUUGUUUUGUUUUCCCAUACCUGUUGUAAAUUUUCCUUAUUCUGCUUAAUGAGAUUUUUCUUAAAGAUCAAUAAAUCCUAGAGGAUUUCUUUGCAAA